CAUCCAUCAUCCUUCCUAUAAUCUCGGCAGUCGCGUCGUGCUCGCGCUUUGGGGCCGGUUCCGCACUCCACAACAGCUCCUAAGAGUGCAGAGCUCCUUAAGAAACAGACCUUGUCAGACACCAAGCCUGACAGCUCCCAUUUCAUUGACGGGCAGCCAUCCUGUUGAGGAUUAUGCAAUGCGACCUGGCAGAUGCUCCCGUGCAAGAGGUCGUCCACUAUUGCUAUCUCGCCACUCAGUGGCGGGCUCAUCGACCAUCGCAGCGUCCUGCGCCGAAUCAUCUCGACCACUUUCGACUAGGACGCCACCGUGCGGCUGCUGACGAGGACCGAGGUGCACAACGCCUUUAAGCGGUCCCGAGGCCUCCGAUCCUUCUGAUCUGGUCGUCAAAUGCUCAACUAGCAUACAAAAAAAAUUGAUCACACGAUUAGAACAGUUCAGCACACGUCUAUACGGUCACAAUUUGCGUGCUUCGGCGCUGUCAACGAUCACAAGAUGGAUAUCCUCAGUGGCACGAGCUCCUACGUGGGAAUGGCUGCCAGCCCAAGUAUCAACACGCUUCAGGAAGCGGCUACGCUCCCAAGUCCUACAGGAAAUACCGGUGCUCCAGAAGUGGACAGAAAUUGCCGACUACUAGGGCCUUUCGCCUUGGUUUUACAAGGCGUGAUGGGCUUGCUCGUCAUUGGCUCACUCAUAUACAAACGAAAUCGUGAACACCCGCGACGAAAGUGGAAGGUCUGGAUCCUCGACGUCACCAAGCAAAUGACCGGGCAGGUGUUCGUACAUGUACUGAACAUCAUCCUGUCCGAUGCGGUAGCAGCACACGGAAAGCGAAAUCCAUGCUCCCUCUAUUUCCUUAAUAUCAUCAUCGAUACGACCUUUGGCGUCCUCAUCAUCUACAUCACUCUACAUUGGCUCACGUAUCUAAUUACCGAGGUCUGGGGUUACGAUGGUUUCGUGUCCGGGCAAUAUCGUCCGGCGGGUACGCGUGGGCGACCGAAAGUCGAAUUUUGGUUCAAGCAGCUGGCGACGUACCUCGUCGCUAUCUUGAUCAUGAAGCUCAUCGUCACUGUCCUUUUCUGGCUCUUCCCGUUCCUCGUCGUGUUUGCCAAGUGGCUGAUUAAUUUGUUUGGCGAGCAUCAAAAGGCGCAAGUCUUCUUUGUUAUGGCGGUCGUACCGCUCGUAAUGAACGUAAUACAGUUCUGGCUGAUCGACUCGCUGCUUCGCCACAACCCAGAGACGAGCCGCUACUCGAAAGUCAGCGUUUUGGAGGGCGGUGCAGAGGGAGACCACGGAGAUGAUGAUGACUACGAUGAGGAAGAGGCCAUCGACAGGCUCGAGGACGCGCGGGAUUCGAUCGGGCAGCCAUCACUCCAGAGCGGUCCCGGGGUCCGGUAUCGAGUACAGGAAGGGAUCACGCGCGAUGGCAACUCAGCAUUCGUCCUUGGAGAUGGUGAGGACGGGGAGGCGAGCCUGGAGGCGAACGCGAAGCGGCACCGUGGCAAUGCGGGGCCUUCACAGCCGAGCAAAGGAUAUGGCAGUACGCUCAAAUCACCGCCACUCCGGCCGCAGUCUUCUGGCCACGGUUCUCAUCGAUCUUCACUCGACGAGCUGCGAUUAGAGGCUGCGUCAAUAUUGAGCGACGGUAAAGCCGCGAGCGCACGUAACUCGAAUGAGAGCAAGAGAACGUAUGCCUCAUCGCCGCCACCGCGACGAGGCGAGGCCCAUCACCUUUCAAGAAGCGUUGACUUCUCUCAGGAGGGUGAUGCGUGAUGGCAAGUCUGUGGUCGAAUAAUAUGUAUGGUUGCAAAGCGGAAACAAUUUGCAAUU